AUGGAUCGGAAACCGUAUUCGAAAUACCGGUACAAAAAAAAGGAAACUCACAAAUUACACCAUACAAGCCAUCCACCUUCACCUCCCACUCCAACACUGUCAAACCAAUGCAAACCAACCAAUCACUUUUUGAAACAGCCGGAAAAUUAUACCAUUUUACUUCGGUUGGUUCAGUUGUCGUCAAGUCGGAGAAAGAUUUGGAUCAUCAUGAGUCGAUUUUCAUCAUCAGAUCGUCACCAUAUGUUUCAAGAUGUUGAUCGCUGGAAUCCAUUGACUUCAUUUACUCGACACUACACUGCCAAUGAACGGACCAAUGAAUGUGCCGAAUUGGAUACCUUAAAAAAUUUUAAAGUGGAAUCCCUUUUUGACUACUCUUUGCUCCAAAAUGGUUGCAAUAGAAAAAAAAUUAUCCAAUUCGAUGGAAUCGCGCCCAUUAUUGAAGAUGAAGAUGAACCGUACUUCAAAGGAGAUGCAUGUAAAUUGGAGCAUCGUCGACGAACUCGAGGUACAGUGGUAGAAGCGAAUAAUUCUAUGGAAGUUCCAAUUGCACUAACCCAUUAUUUACGUCCGAAUUUGAAAUUUGAUAUUGUUACUACCAAGACUUUCCUUGCGAUGCUUUGCCGUUUCAUCGACAAUGAGCGUCGUUUUUAUCGCUUUAAUAUUGAACGCAUUGGAAAUUUAAUAAUCAUUGAGGAGGUACCUUUCGGCGAUGCACGCCCUUCCAAAACCUAUCUCCAAGGAGCUCUGGACAUUUUAACUGGGCGGUUCAAAAAUUUUGAAACGUGGUAUUCAAGAGCAAGUAUGGAUUAUCGACAAAUAUCAUUAUGCGAAUUUGGUACAAUGCGCAUUCUAUUGCGACAACAUGUUGAUUUAACGGAACCGUCAUCCAAUGGACACAUUAGCACGCAAAUGCACUGGCAACAAAAAAAUACUCGUCAGGAUCCUAAAAAGCCGUUCCUUCCGAUAUUAAACGAUACAAUUGAAUCAAUGUCAAGAAUGCGUGGAUUUAUUGAUCAACCAGAUCCCAUUUUUCACAUCGAUGGCACUAAUGUUGCAAUUCGGGGUCCACUUGUGCCAGAGACACCAAAAAAGCCAAUUGAAAUAAUGUGCCGGUCAUUCCAACGUUUUUCGUUUGAAAACCUUCAAAUGAAAUGGCCAAAUAUGGUUUUCUCGGGUGCUGAUCGUAUUGUUAGUGUCCUUCAUGUUCGAGGACUGAUCGAUCACAAACCAAAAAGUUUCAGCUUCCGUGACAUAGCACCUAAAGGAUAUAAGAACACAUUGGCACGCGCAUCGGCACUUUGCCGCCACAUCUUUGAUUACAUAAAGGCAAUCAGCAAUUCUGACUGCGAUAAGUUCGCCCUGAUUUGGGUGAAUGACAAACUAGUCCCAUUGGAUGUUAACGACGGUAACCACUUGGUUCUGUAUCGCCGUCGUUUGAGAGGUCGAGCGUUGGAUGAAAGCUCAUUCGUCUCAACACCACUUCGUACUUCAAUUCUUCGUACAUUCUAG